AUGGUGCGGUUGUGGUCCUCUGAUCUACAUAUACUGAGAAGAACUCCCUUCGCUUUCAUCGAUUUUUCUCCCUGUCCUAUUGAGCAAUUUCUUCCAAUGCUCUCUGAUCGAUCACCAUCAAAGCCAACAGACGUACACAUUCUCUCUCUCUCUCUCUCUCUCUCCCCCUCUCUCUCUCUCUCUCAAGAAGCGGGGUGUGGUCUUGUAACACGGGAAAUAUUUAAUUUCUUCUUCUUCUUCUUCUUCUUCUUCUUCUUCUUCUUCUUCUUCUUCUUCUUCUUCUCUGUACUACUCGCUCUUUCUUUCUUUCUUUCUUUCUUUCUUUCUUUCUUUCUUUCUUUCUUUCUUUCUUUCUUGCUUUCUUUUUGCUUUCCCUCCUUUUCCUCUUUAUUCUCUAUUCAAACAUUCUCACUUCUUUUCCUUCCGAUCUUUUUUUCUUUUUUAUCUUUCUUUCUUUUCUUUUCUUUUCUUCCUCUUCUUUUUCCGCCUUGUCUUUUUCUAUGUGGCUUUUUUACCAUUUCUUUUAAUAGUGUUAAUUCUCCUACUCUUUCUUCUUCUUUGUCGUAUCUAUCUCUUUUUCUAAUCUUCUUUCAACAUUUGAAUUUUCGCCCCCUCACGAUUUUCCCUACUCUUUCUUUCUUUCUUUCUUUCUUUCUUUCUUUCUUUCUUUCUUUCUUUCUCCUCUCUUAA